AACCGAAAUAAACAACACGAAGAAGAAAAUUCAGGAAGUGGAGUUCAGCUGCAGCGAGAUGCUGGAUUACCUAGAAGCUCAUUCUCCCAGAUAUUAACUGCAGGAGAAAUAUGUUUUUUUAAUGAGGAAACAUUCCUCAGUGUCAUUUCAACUAUCAUAGCUCUUCGGGGGAAUAAAAUGGAGGGCCCCCUGCCCCCUUCCUCACUGAUGCUCUUGGUUCCACCUCUGAGGGUGAUGACGGCGGUGAUGUGGAAGGUGGUUCGUCUGAGGAGCAUCACGCAUUAUGGGACAGUGGAGGAGUUUGUGUCCUUGGUAACUGAAGCCAUCCCCGACAUCUUGACAGGCAGACAGAUGAGACUGCUAACUCUGGGCUUAAGAGCAAAGAUGACAUUACAGAUGUUAAGUUCUGAACAGUCAGAGGAUCUCAGAGGUGUUAAAACACUCUUGAACAGCCUCCUACCAUCUAGCUCUAAACAGGUUCAUCCAGGAAAUGAAGCUCUUGAAGCCAACUUCGUCAGGCUUGUUCAAAGACUCCUGGAAGACCCGAAAGAGAGAGAGCACUUCCUCAUGAAUGUGUUUCCUGGGGAGUUUGGACCUGACUUUGAUACGGCUCUGGAGACACUGGUUUGUGAGUUCUUCACCAAACUGGAAGAGUUGCUGCUCAUACCAGACUUUAAGCAGACCGCAGGGUGGAUGAGUGAUGCACCCUCUGUGCUAGAAGAGUACAUGCAGUGUGUGUCCAAAGAAGAUGACCUCAAAGUACUGCUCAGAAGCAAGGCCCACUGUGGUAAAAUGGCCGAGAUGGAUACCGGUGCAGUGCCCUCUCCGUCGGAGCAGCAACUCUUCUCAUCAUUGUCUCUCCCUCCUUCACUGCGAGAGACCACUACCAAAGAUGUAGAAUCUAACACACAAACAUUUCAGAACCAAAAAGAAUCUGAAGGGAUUUCUCCCCAGGAGGUUGGAGAUAUGGGGAUACAGGAUUUAAGUUGGCCAUCUGAGGAGGAAACAAAUGUGUUGGACAACAGCAAUGCAGAACAAACAAGGGGAGGGGAAAGCAGUGACAGCAUUCCUGAUGUUCAUGUUGUGGAGGAGUAUGACGACGGGGCGUCAGACACCUGCAGAGCUCUCUCCAAAUCCCCUGAGAGUCUUGUAUUGUCCAGCUCUGUGAUUGGCCCUCCACGGCGGAGAGUUGCACACAAAUGUGCUCAAUGUGGAAAGUGCUUCAUUUACCGCUAUGAACUCCUGGAGCAUCAGAGGCUGCACACUGGAGAGAACCCUUACAAGUGCUCUCAGUGUGGAAAGGCCUUCAGGAGGACCUCUGACCUGUCGUCUCACAGGCGGACACAGUGCACAAAAGCAGCUUAUAUUUGCAUCAAAUGUGGGAAUAGCUUUCAAUCAUUGCAGGACAAAUUUAGGCACAAGUGUGUUCAUAGUGUCCUGAAGUUUAACUGUUCUCAGUGCGGAAAAAGAUUUAAGACAAUGCACUUGCUGGGAAAGCAUGAGCUGACUCACAGCCAGAGCCGCAUUUUCACGUGCAGACAAUGUGGGAAAGUGUGCCCCAGUAUGAGUGAGCUGAGGUCCCACCAGAGGAUUCAUCCUCCUGAGCUGUCCAAUCAGUGCACGCAGUGUGGGAAAUGUUUCCGCUCUGCUGCAUGUUUGACAGCCCACGAGCUGCGCCACAGGCAACAGAGAACACAGAUUUGUGUGCGUUGUGGCAAAGCUUUCAAAAACAAACAUGACCUGAACCUCCACAUGCGCAGUCACACGGGCGAGAGGCCGUUUCAGUGCACAUACUGUGGGAAACGUUUCUCCGUGUCAGGAAACCUGAACAUCCACAUAAGGAUCCACACUGGAGAGAAACCGUAUUUGUGCUCUGACUGCGGGAAGGCCUUUGUUUCAGCGGGCGAACUGCAGAUACACAGACGCACUCACACGGGGGAAAAGCCGUACAAGUGUGCUGUAUGUGGGAAGGGAUUCACCAUGGCGAGCAAAGUGACACUUCAUAUGCGCGUUCACACGGGAGAGCGUCCCUACAUCUGUUGUGAGUGCGGGAAAGGUUUUUCACGUGGCAGCGAAUUGAAAAAACAUACCAUGAAUCAUACAGGGGUGCGACCCUACGCCUGUCAGAUGUGUGCAAAGACUUACACAUGCCUCAAUCACCUAAAGAGACACUUGAAAACUCACAGUGUAGUGCAAAACCAGACUGUUUAAAUCCAUUGAUUACCAUAUAUAACAUUUUAUCUAAUUAAUGUUUUAUUCAUGUAGCCAGCCUGUACUGAUAACAAUGUUUUUAAUGCACGGUGGAAUAGCUUCCAUAGCACUCACCCUCUCUUGUAAGGACUAUGUUGCUAAAGUUCUUGUUUUUAAUGACCUAUUCCUGAUCCUGCGUUUUCAGAUAUGUUCCCGUUGUACCUUCAAUUACAUUUAAAUGUAUUAGUUUUUGUUUUCUGACAAGCCAAAAUAAUAAA